GGAUGUAGUCGAGGGGCCAGGAGGGAGGAGGGGAGGGUCGCUCCACCCUGGAGCCGGAAUGCUCCAGGGCAGCUCCGGGUCGCCAGGCGGCGGUUUCCAGGCAACGACCGAACACAGACGCGGGCUAGACGCUGGCGCCGAGCAACCUGAGGCCGGCAGACUCCGACUAGGCCCCUGGGCCGGCGGGACGGACCGCGGCCAAGGCGGCGGCGCUGGACGGGAGCGGCAUGGAGGACGACCAGGAGGAGACCACCGCGUCCACGCUGCGGGGCAAGCCCAGGCCGCCGCCCGUCUCGGCGCAGUCCGCCUUCAGCUACAUCCCGCCGCGGCGCCUGGACCCCAAAGAGCACAGCUACUACUACCGCCCGGCGCAGACAGGAAUUAUUUCCCUCUAUGAUUGUGUUUUUAAGAGGCGCCUAGAUUAUGAUCAGAAGUUGCACCGAGAUGACAGAGAACAUGCAAAAAGCCUGGGACUUCAUGUUAAUGAAGAGGAGCAGGAGAGGCGGGUUGGAGUGCUGACGUCUUCUGUCUAUGGGAAGCGCAUCGAUCAGCCCAUUGAGCCCCUAAACCGGGACUUUGGCCGUGCCAACCAUGUGCAGGCUGACUUCUACAGGAAGAACGACAUCCCCAGCCUCAAGGAACCCGGCUUUGGGCACAUUGCUCCAGCCUGAAGCAUCCCUGUGGCCCACAGGCAUGUCGCGAUACCGUGUGGCCUGGCAAGUUUGCACAGCGAGAAGGUGGCGUCUGGAGCCUGCUCUCCCCUUCUCAUGACACCUAGGAGCUUGGCUAUGCCUGUGUUGCAUCUCUACAGUGGGACACAAGAACACGUUAGCAGCCUCCCUCAGGUUGCUGUGGUUAGGAGCCUGACCAACAACACCUUUAGUACAUGUGAAGAGUCUCUGAUGUGAUGAUUUUCAGCUGGAAUUAUUUUUGAUCAAAUGAAUCUGGAGACCGAUUCAUUGUGAGCACCUGAAUAAAAUGAAAACUUUGUUUCCCCUU